AAAAAACAACCCAGCUAACAAAACCCAGAGAAAUCCGAGAGAAAACCCACAAGAAAUAGUGGAAAGAGGUAGAAAUCUGGGUUAUGAUUUAAGAGGGCGUUGUUCCACUUGAGGAUGAUGGAAGCUGGCUUGGCGUCUAACAUAAGAGGAUAUACUCCCUCACCGGCGCAAAACAUGGGGUGGAAUCCAGAUGCUGACGCUUUAGCACAGAUUUUAGGCUUACUUCGCGAAUCACAAUCCCCGGACACUGUAGUGCAACAAUCAGUGCAACAGAAACUAGAAGAACUCAACAAAUUCACAGACUUCAACAAAUAUCUUAUAUUUGUCCUCACAAAACUAACUUCAGAAGAUGAACCUACAAGAUCCCUAAGUGGGCUAAUUUUGAAGAAUAAUGUCAAGGCACACUUUCAUCAGUUUCCCCCUGAUGUGGCACACUUUAUUAAGGCAGAAUGUCUGUCAGCCGUGGGGGACCCGUCGCCGCUCAUCCGUGCGACGGUUGGUAUCCUUAUUACAACUACAGCAUCAAAAGGCGAACUUUCGACUUGGCCAGAACUUCUGCCCAGGCUGUGUGAAAUGUUAGACUCAGCAGACUAUAAUGUUUGUGAGGGAGCCUUCGGUGCACUGCAGAAAAUAUGUGAAGACAGUGCCGAGUUCUUAGAGAAGAGCCCCGACAGGCCUCUUGAUACUUUAAUUCCAAAGUUCCUUCAGUUCUUCAAACACUCCUCUUCUAAAAUAAGAUCUCAUGCUAUUGCCUGUGUAAAUCAGUUCAUUAUUAGUAAAACACAAGCACUGAUGGCAAACAUUGAUGCCUUCUUACAGAAUUUGUUUCACUUGGCCAUGGAUGACGAUGCAGACGUACGCAAAAAUGUGUGUCGUGCUCUCGUCAUGCUCUUGGAUGCCCACAUUUCCUCCCUUAUUCCUCACAUGCACAGCAUUAUUGAGUAUAUGAUGAUAAGAACACAGGAUCCUGAUGAAAAUGUAGCACUAGAAGCCUGUGAAUUCUGGCUUUCAUUAGCAGAACAUCCAAUUUGUAAAGAAGCCCUUAAACCCCACCUCCCCAAAUUGAUACCUAUCCUGGUUCGGGGUAUGAAAUACUCUGAAAUUGACAUCAUUCUCUUGAAGGGAGAUGUAGAGGAGGAUGAAAGUGUGCCCGAUCGUAGUGAAGACAUCAAACCUCGGUUUCACAAGUCUCGGCAUACUAUACGUCAUGAACCGAUGGAAAAUGGUGGUAGCGGAGAAGAAUUCCCAGACGAUGAAUCUGAUGAUGGAUUAGAUGAUGACUCCUCACUCUCAGACUGGAAUUUAAGAAAGUGUUCGGCGGCUGCCUUAGAUGUAUUGGCCAAUGUGUUCCGGGAAGAUAUGUUGCCAGUUAUCCUGCCCAUUCUAAAGGAGACGCUCUUUCACCAAGAGUGGGAGAUUCGUGAAUCAGGGAUCCUUGCUCUGGGGGCCAUUGCAGAAGGCUGCAUGAAUGGCAUGACCCAGCAUCUUCCUGAGCUCAUCCCGUACCUGAUUAACUGCCUUCAAGACAAAAAAGCUCUGGUUCGCUCAAUCACCUGCUGGACCCUCUCCCGUUACUGUCACUGGGCCGUUGUUCUCCCUGACCACACCUACCUCAAACCUUUAAUGUAUGAGCUGCUAAAGUGUGUGUUGGACAGCAACAAGAGAGUACAAGAAGCUGCUUGCUCUGCUUUUGCCACUCUUGAGGAGGAAGCUUGCACAGAAUUGGUCCCUUACCUGGCUGAUAUCCUCAAAACUUUAGUGUUUGCUUUCAAGAAAUAUCAGGCAAAAAAUCUUCUAAUACUAUAUGAUGCAAUUGGUACGCUAGCAGACUCUGUUGGAAACUACUUGAAUAAAGAAGAAUAUAUUCAGAUGUUAAUGCCUCCACUGAUUGAGAAAUGGAAUGUGCUCAAAGACGAAGAUAAGGAUCUUUUUCCUUUGUUAGAGUGUUUGUCGAGUGUAGCAACAGCACUGCAGUCUGGAUUCCUGCCAUACUGUGGUCCAGUUUACCAGCGAUGUGUGUCGCUGGUGGAGCAAACACUGAACCAGACAAUGGCACAUGCACAGAGCCCAGGGCAAUUUGAAGCAGCUGAUAAGGACUUCAUGAUUGUAUCGUUGGAUCUCUUGUCUGGGUUAGCAGAGGGACUGAAUGGUCAUGUAGGCCAGCUGGUUCAGCAGUCUAAUAUUAUGCAACUACUUUUUCAGGCUAUGCAGGACCCCAUGCCAGAAGUUAGACAAAGCUCCUUUGCACUACUGGGUGACCUGACCAAAGCAUGUUUCCAGUAUGUGGCUCCUUGUAUAUCUGAAUUUAUGCCUAUUCUUGGUCAGAACUUGAACCCUGAACUGAUAUCUGUGUGCAAUAAUGCAACAUGGGCCAUAGGUGAAAUUUCAGUGAAACUAGGCCCAGAAAUGCGUGUGUACAUUAACCUUGUUCUCAAUGACCUUAUCUUCAUCAUUAACAAGCCAAAUACUCCUAAAACCUUGCUUGAAAAUACGGGUGCAUAUCCUUACGGAACAUCCGUGACAAUGAAGAAAAGGAUUCUGCAUUCCGUGGGGUUUGCAACAUGAUCAGUGUGAAUCCAGGAGGAGUAGUGGAGGACUUUAUAUUCUUCUGUGAUGCCAUUGCCUCGUGGAUUAACCCUAAACAAGACCUCAAGGAAAUGUUCCAUAAGAUUCUACACUGCUUUAAAGAACAGGUUGGUGAGGAGAACUGGAAGCGCUUCACAGAGCAGUUUCCUCCUCCAUUGAAAGAACGUCUUACUCAGCAUUAUGGAGUGUGAGCAGGUGAUGCUGCUGUUGUAUCAUGAUCAGAGCCCAGGGUGAGAGAAUUUAGUCCUGGCCGAGCUCUGUGCCGUAUGCAGUUAGGAGGCCCUGGUGUCCCAUGUGGUUGGACCCUGUGUGCCUGGGUGGGGGGAGGGAUUUACUUCUUCUCUCAGCCACUCUCCUCAGCUUGCUAGCCUACCUGUCAUAGAGGUGUUGGUUGGCUGUGGAAUGCAGAUCAAUACCUGAAGAACUAGAAGGCAGGUUCAGCCAGUGCUAAGAAGCAAGGGCUAGCUUGAGGUGGCUGCCGCGCGCAUUGUCGAGGGAGGGACUUCGCGGACUGGGUGGGAGGGACGCGGAGGGAGGGGGGUGGUCAGCCCCUGGUGGGAGGGACUCUGGGUGGGAGGCUUAGUCCCCAGCACAGAACAUCAACGUCCACCCACCUCCUGUGCACUGCCUCAACCAUACCUGGUCAAGGGCGUGGGCAGCUGUGUGGGUGUAACAUGUAUAGGCUGCUUGACUCAUUCUGUGCACUCCUGCCACAUACCUUACAUAACCUCAUGCGUAGGUAGUGAUGGUUUGUAUUAUGUAAGAUAUGUAAAUACAUGGAAACUUUUAUUUUCUACAUGAUCACUUAUUGUAAUAAGUCUGUCCUUGUGCCAAUCAUGGUAUCCAUGACCAUAUUUUCUCACAAGUCAUUGUUGGUUAGGUCAUGUAUUAUUGCCUUUUUUUUUUUCAUCAGCAGUGUGGGCAAGAUUCCACCUGCAGGAUCUGUGGCAGGAGUGAUAGAGGGAGUUUGAUGUAGCGUGUGCCUCUCAGCAGUAAUUCUACCAGCCUGACGCUACUGUUGCGUGUGUUGGACAACCUAAACACUACCCUAAUAUGGUGCUACUUUGAUUUUGUUUUGGCAUCUGUUUGAAAAACAGAUGAUCAGUUAAGUGUAGAUUAUCCAAUAAGAGAUAGACUAGUGAUACAAGUAAAUGAUAUCUCAGUGAAGACUUCUUGUUCUUGUGUAUAAUACACUGUAAUGAGUCAUUCUGAUGUUUAGUGUGAAGUCAAUUAUAGUUACAUGAAGCUUUGGUAGUGAGUGGUGGUGCUCAGGCUGGUAGCUAUACUGUGCCUUAAUGGUUUAACCUUCAGCAGUAGAAUCAAGCCCAAGGGUACAUAUCACCAGUCAAGUUUCUUAGUAAAGUCACUUGCAGUUUUUGACAGUGCUAUAAACACUUUCACUUGCCCUUACAGGGAUUGUGUUGCUGUAGGAUAAACCACAAUUUGUUUUUUCAGUGCACACAUAGGACUUAAUGGAAACGACUGUGAUCAUAGUGAUUUCUUUGAUUUUUGUACUGUUAUGCAAAGUAAGUUAAAUAUCACAUUUUUUUCUCUGAAAGACUUUUACAUUUGAAUCAUUGAUAAGAGGGAUACAUGCUGUGCAAUAGAUGUUAAACUAAUGAAAUGAUGUUUAUGAGUGGGGCAUGUUGUGGGAGAAAAUAUUAGUAUUAUUGAUAGAAAGGGGGACAUUAGCUUCAUUUAUUGUAGGAGGGGUUUGGGGUUCCACAAACUUAAACCAAACACAAAGCAAAAUUUGUAGGUUUAAGAGCCAAAGAGUGAUAAAAGCUCAGUGCAUUCUAGAGACCAUGUUUACACAUGUCACCUUCCAGAGAUAUACAUAUCAACUUUGUAUACACUCAAAACUCUUUGGUUCUUGUUUCGGGGGCUGAACAAGAUACUGUAUAUUUUAAAAAAUAUGAAACUGUAUAGGCUAUGGGCUACUAAUGGGGCAUUUUUAUUUCAUUUUUUUUUAUAUUUUUUAUAUACAGUAUAAUUUUCAUCUUUAUUUUAAUAGAGGGAUCCAUCGGGGGCAGAUGAAAAUAAAAAUUGUUUGGGGCAUCUUAAAAGUUUCUGGGUUCACCAUUUUAAAGAAAAUUAAUAAAUUCUGUAGGGGUUACUUUGGCAGUUAGAUUACAAAUUAGUUUAUAUAUCAUAUAUACUUUUUCUUUUUUUUUUUUUUUUUUUUUUUUUUUUUUUUUUUUUUUGUAGGCGAAUCCAACUGUAUUUGGAUUGUAGGAAGCUCAGAACACAGUACUCUAACUGUCAGCAGUAACCCCGGUAGCAGUUUGUUUGGUGUAUCUGUAGACACAAUAUUGUCAGUAGUGUUGUUAUUUGCAGUGUUUCUUGCAUGCCCUCAGUAUGUCAUUAUGAUUACUACUUGCAUAUGUAUCAGUGACUUGUUAGUCGGGUACUGGGCAACCAGAUUGAGAAGUGUGGCCAUACCAGUGCCUCUCGAGGGCAAAUAAUGUGUGUUUUUGAUUGAACGAAACCAUUGAUAUAAAAGGUAGAUCACUGCAGGAAUGUUAGAGAUUUGUGAGGUGUCGAAGAACGUUUUAUGGGAGAAUAAGUUAUAUGCAGUGAUCUGCUUUUGUUGUAAUGUUCAAAUGAUUAUUUAUAACCAUUAUUUGCCCCAGUUGCAUUCAGUCACAUCUGCACAAGAUCUUUAAGAACUGUAUGUAAACUUUGAAAGAGGAAGAAUUGGUAAAAAUUUCAUAAAACAAAAGUUCAGUAACUCCAUCUUACCUGCUCUUCCCAGUCUUACCCCUCACCAUUUGUCCACCCUCCUCUCUCAUCCAUUGUUACUCCUCUCUCUCUCUCUCUUUCUCCUCCUACCCCUUCCCUUCUCAUAUCUUGCUCCAUUUCUCUCACAUAUAUACCCCUUCACCCAUCUUCCCCCUUCUCCCCUUCACCCAUCCCCCCUCUCCUCUUUCACCCAUCUCCCCUCUCCUCCCCUUCACCCAACUCCCCUCUCCUCCCCUUCACCCAACUCCCCUCUCCUCCCCUUCACCCAACUCCCCUCUCCUCCCCUUCACCCAACUCCCCUCUCCUCCCCUUCACCCAACUCCCCUUUCCUCCCCUUCACCCAACUCCCCUCUCCUCCCCUUCACCCAACUCCCCUCUCCUCCCCUUCACCCAACUCCCCUCUCCUCCCCUUCACCCAACUCCCCUCUUCUCCCCUUCACCCAUCUCCCCCCUCCUCCUCUUCACCCCAUCUUCCCCCUCUCCUCUAGUUCCAUGGUCUUCACCCAUUCACACAUUCUUUACCCUCAAGGGUACCUUGAUGCAGAUGAGGGGGCUCUUGAUCCAAAGGAACUUGACUUUUCCCCUUCCUUGCAUCAAACAUGAAUGCCUCUCAUUCCCCAAGUGCUUUAUGACCUUCUGACUUAGCACUUCUUUUUGAUUAAAAUCGAAAUACAAUUUUUCCUGGUUGUGCAUUUUUCCCCACAUUCACAUUCUUUAGCCAUUUACACAUUUCACAUCAUUUAACACUAGCAUUCCUCUACCCUAAACAGGGUAUGUUUUUAAGCUUACUUUGAGCCUUUGUAAAGCUUAAUCAAUGCACAGGAAAUAAAGAUUGCAGUGAGUCAUUAGAGCAGUUGGUCAUCCUAGAGUAACAAAUCAGAGUGAGGAGUCAAGCUGUGAAGCAUUGUAGUUCUAGACCUGGGAGCCUCUUAUCGUUCGUAAGUACAAAUAAUGACUGUUUGGACUCGCUUUCCAGAAUUCCUAAAAAGUAAAAGUAAAUGUAAUAGUAAAAGUCACAAGAGUCAAAAGGUCUUAGAAUUGGCCAUUCUACAACAAACUAGAAACACAUUCAGAUCCCUUCAAUAUUUUGAUGACAAAGUUAAGAGGUUUACCUUGUUUCCCAGUAAUAUUUUCCUAAACCACAAUUCCCCUCAUUAACACUGUCCCAUUCACAUAAUGCCCCCAUUCACAUAAUGCCCCCAUUCACAUAAUGCCCCCAUUCACAUAAUGCCCCCAUUCACAGAAUGCCCCUAUUCACAUAAUGCCCCUAUUCACAUACAAUGCCCCUAUUCACAUACAUUGCCCCUAUUCACAUACAUUGCCCCUAUUCACAUACAUUGCUUCAUUCACACUCCACCCAUACAAGCACCCUCCCUCUCUAGAGAUAUAAUCAUGACAAAAAAACAAAAGUAUUGUGGGGCAUUGCCUAUUUCUUGAAGGAUGAAUACACAAAUAGCCUGUACAUAGAAAGAGAGGAGCUUAUGGCGAUGUUUCGGUGCGACUUGGACCAUUUACAAAGUCACACUGUCUCAAGUCCAAGUCAGACCAAAACGUUUUGAUAAUUUGUGUAUUUUGUCAUAGUAUAGUGCCUUUUGUUAUUUAUUCUUGAAGGAUGAGUGUUUCAGUAGAGUAAUGAGAACAAGAUGACCUGAAUGGUAAUGAUACAAGCAAAUACGGAACACGCACAAGAAAACACUAAGCAUGAGCUUUGGGAAAGAUGCAGAUAAUAAUGGGUCUUGAGAUAGUAAUAACCCCCUCCUCCCCAUCCCAUUACACACUUCUGCUCACGCGCUCUCAUACCCUUCCUCUUCCAUGUUUCUCCACCCUGCCAUACUCCUGCCUCAUGUUUUCCACCCCUCCAAUUCCCACAUCUUCAAUUCCCACAGAAUUGGUAACAUUAUGCUAAUCAUCCCCCUCUUCCCCCACUCCUCUUUCCCCCACUCCUCUUUCCCCCACUCUUCUUUCCCCCACUCUUCUUUCCCCCACUCCUCUUUCCCCCACUCUUCUUUCCCCCACUCCUCUUUCCCCCACUCCUCUUUCCCCCACUCCUCUUUCCCCCACUCCUCUUUCCCCCACUCCUCUUUCCCCCCCUCCUCUUCCUCCCCUCCUCUUCCCCCCCCCUUUUUUUUCCUGGUAUGAUUUUGUUUGAUGGUAAUUGAUGGUUUUGGCCUACUGUUUGAGGAUGAAUUUGGCUUUUCCAUACAAGCCCCUAGGUGUCAGUGCUUAUGUGUUGUCAAAGCUGACUCCCAGAGCAACAUGCUAGACAGCACAGACAUGGCACCCUCAGUGGAGUAUCAACAAGAUGCAUAACCAUUUAGUAUAUAAUAUGGUCUUGGUGUAGCCCCAGUCUUGCCCAUUUCUAGCUGCCCAAAAUUAAAAAAAAAAAGACAAAAAACAAAAUACAACCUUCUAACAAUCUGAUUUCCUUAAGAUAGGGAAAACAAAUAAAUUCUCUUCCCAUCUUGGCUGCCUAUACUGUAGCUGCCAUGGUUUUUGAGCAUUAUUUUGGUAUGAUCUUUAGAUUGGUAAUAAGGAUGAAGUUUGUCACCCUUUUUGAAGCUGUCUGUUUUGUCCUAGACUGUGCCUUAAAGUUGGAAUAUUCCCCUGACAGUCAAUUUGUUUAUUUGUUCGCUCUCUGUGAACACAUUGCAUGCCAGUGUUGAUAGUUGCGCCAUUAACUAAAAACUGACAUUGGCUGGUUAGUCAGAAGGGCCAAACCACUGUUUCAGAUGUUAAUGCCCUGAGUAGAUUUAAAAUCAGCAUUUACUAACAAAGAAUUCCAUCUGUAAUGCACCAUUCAGUCAUCAUGUCACACACACCUAUGCAUCUUAUGUCUGGUUUGGGGUUAAGGCUUGAGGGAUAAGUAAGGUCAGGUUGGUAUUGAAACGACAGUUUGAAGAGAUAACGUUGUUUAUCUUGGAUGAGAGAUGGAGGUGUUUGUUGCAAUAAGGAGGAAAUUUCUAUCCAUUUAUAUCAUCUUGCAAUAUGAUUCUCAUUUAUGUGAUAGGCCCAGUCAAAUGACUUAUGUGAGAGGAUAGGAAAAUUUGCUAGGCUGAAUAUCAUGUCAUUUGGCAGUUAGGAAGUCGUUCUUCGUGUCAUGGCUCUUCGUAACUAGCUGCUAGGUAAAUUGUUAGGUUGAAGCGCUGCUGACACUGGAGACUCAUAAGUCUAAAUAUUGCAGAUAGGUUCAGGAUAGGAGGUAGGAGUUGGGAGGGAUGGAGUGGUCAGACUUGAGUAUGGCUAGGUAAAAGUUAGGAGCCGGGUGGGUGCUCAAUGCACAGUAACAUUAGCAAUUUCAGCUCUUGAUUUGAUUUCAUUUGUCUUGUGAAAGUAGACGAGUGAAAUUGAAGAACCGACUUUGCUAAUGACAUUGUACAAUUUAUUUUAUUUAAUUUAUUAUUCACUCUUUAAGGAGUGGAUGGAGGGUGUAUGAAUGACAGCUGUAUCUUUGGAUGACUGAUUUUUCUCGACAAAUUCGUAUUUUACGAAUUUAUUAUAAUGCGGGUCCUCUUCUUAGUUUCUGAUCAUGCUCAGUGAUAAAGAGUUUAAUAGUUAGGGUUUUAACUAGUCAUUAAUAUGUUAGGGACAAUCUUAAUCUAUUUUUAUUUCAGAGAUGUUAUUAGGUGUUAGGUUAAUUUUAUCUUAUAUUUUGCUCAUUUGCUGAUGUUCUAGUACAAAUAUUGUUGUUAAUCAGUUUUUAAUGACAUUUUAAUUAUUAAUUUUGAUUGAGUAGAACAGAAAGCCCCUCAAGCACUUAGCCCCAAAGUUAACUAGCAUGCCUGUUGAUCAUAUGAAUUAUGGUCUUUUAUAAUGUUUUCAUUUGCAUGUGGGUCACCAUUUGAAGUUUGUUGUCUGCCCAAGGAUGUUUUCUUGUACAAAUUGUUGGUUUUUUGCUGUGAUAGAUGUAAAUCCUAAUUUGUAAAUCCAUUGUGAUAUGAUCUUUGCACAAAUUUAGGCUUGAAUGGUAGGAUUCUCUGGAUAGGGCUUUGUUGGUGGUUAUUGGCUGUAAUAGCAUACUGUGUGAUUAUUGUGCACCUUUGAGAAGAAUACCUUGUUGCCAUACACAUUAAUUCAUUAUGAAUUUGUAAUAUAUUGUACAUAGGAAGAUAUAUUUUUUGUUGGUAUUACUUGGCAUGUUCUGUCACCUUUUUUUACACAUGUACAUGUAUCCUUUUUUUUUUUAACUCUUCUGUUUCUGCUUAUUCUCACUAUGUUAGGGCUUUUGACAGUGUAUUCAUAAGAUUUUUAUUUCAGUAGUUAUAUUCUAGUAUUUAUUGUUAGCCAUCAACUCAGCCUUAGUAUGUGAAGUAUGGUAGUGUAUCAUUUGUAGUGUCUUGUUGAAAUAGUUCACAUUCAUACAUAAAAUUUCCACAACAUUCUAAUAAGAUUUUCAGUGCUUUUUACAGUUGUGAGUUUUUGUGUCUUAAGAUUUGGAGCAACAGUCUGUAAGGAAACAUUGUUAUCUCUUUUUUAUAAUAAAUACCUUAGAAUGCAAUUAGAAUCCAAGUAGCUUUGUUUGUACUCUAAGAAUUCCAUUAGACUUCUUGGCAGCGUUACUGAUGCGGUAAACCUCUGUUGUGAUGUUUGGUGACCCCUUGCACAAUAAUCUUUGCUUAUUUUUUUUAAUAAUGUAUUAUAAGAAGGACACCUGGGUUAAUUGUAGAGGUGCAAAGGUGCAGAGUGACUUAGCAAAGGUUUCUCCCAUGUUUUUUUUUUUUCUUUCAUAGAAUUUUGUUCUGUAUUUGUAUAUAUAUGCCGUUAUUAAAUUGUAAUUUUCCAAAUUUUUUAUUUGGCUGAUUUCUAUGAAUCUUAUAAAUAGUUCACUGUGAUGUCUUCCUGUAUGUUAAAUCAAAGAAAUUUUCACAUAUGCAGAUCAUUUAAAUUUUUAAUAUAAAGGAAUAAGUUGCAAGGGAUGUGGGAGGAUCCAAGUCAUAAAGGUGUAAACCAGCCAUGUCACCUUUCCUAUUGCUGUGGUGAGGGAGUUGGAGGUGGGGCAGCAGCUCAUGUGGCACUACAAGUGACCAAAACUUGAUGAAUAAUAAUUUUGUGCUCAGGGAAUCACUGCUCUAAAAUAAGUGGGGAAUUUGGGUUGAGGUUGGGAGGGAUGUAAGAGAUUCACAUUAGUAUGCAGUAUUAAACUGUUUAAAGUUAUGAUCCCAUUGUGUUGGGAUUUUAUUAAGGCCCACAAAAAUAAUUUUAAUUGUUGACCAUUUUGAAUGCUUUGUAGGGGAGGGAGAAAGGUCACUGGCCCAAAAGCUGUCACCACCUCUGCCUUACCCUAGUAUACACUGUGUUGUUAAAAGUAGUGGUGCAUCAGAAUAAAUGGAUUGGUGAAAAAAUGGUUUUAUUCAAUCCCCC